AAAAAAAAAAAAAACGACUGGUAUUGAGUUGGACUCAAAAACUCAACUGAGUUGAGGCUAGUGUCAUGUUGUACUAUUGUCUGAGCGCAUGAAAUGAAUCGCUGCUUGGAUCUAAAUUUGCCAUCUCUUUCUUCAACUGGGUUUGGCUCUCUCAAUCGCCCAAGGCCUAUUAAUAUCCGCUCUCAAUAUUCAUCGAACAGAAUUGAUGUUUCUCUCAUAAACCGAUCAUCUCUUCCACACCAUAGAUUUUAUCACCCAGUUAAAGCCACCACCACUACUACUUCAACCAUGGCAGCCGAGCAAAGUGGCAGCACAAUCCCUUCCUUGAAACUCUUAUUUGUAGAGAUGGGUGUUGGCUACGAUCAACAUGGGCAAGAUGUUACGGCUGCAGCUAUGAGGGCUUGCAGGGAUGCUAUCUCGUCCAAUUCAAUUCCUGCAUUUAGGAGAGGGUCAAUACCUGGUGUCACAUUUGAACAAAUGAAACUACUGAUCAAGCUAGGAGUCCCUCAUUCUCUCCAGCAGUCGUUGGAUAUCGAGAGGGUCAAAUCAGUCUUUCCUUAUGGGAAAAUAUUGAACGUUGAAGUUGUUGAUGGAGGAUUAAUAUGCUCGAGUGGUGUGUACGUAGAAGAAAUGGGAGACAAAAAUGAUGACUGUUACAUAGUGAAUGCUGCAGUAUAUGUGGGAUACUAGAAUUUUGUCAACUCUGAUCUCUUGUUUAAGCUUGCUGUGGUUAUCACUUAUCAUCCACUGUAAAAUGCAAAAUGGGAUUUUGUUAUUUUGUUUAGUAGAUGGAAUUCUCGACUUUUCUGUGUCA